CUGCGAAAGUGAUGAUAUCAUCCAUCAAACUGAAGCUAAUACUAACCUUGAUAGGUAUUGUAUCUAAUUUCUCUAAAAUACGAGGUUUGCUUGAAAACCCAAGCCUUGCCCAAGCGAGUGCAUUAUCGCCUAGCUGUUCAGGAAGGAACAUUAUUGCAUGCCGGUGAGCAUUUUCUUAUUUUUUAAUUUAAAAAAGAUGGAUUUUAUUUAGUAUCGAUGUAAUUUUUAAUAUUUUGGAGCAUUUUAUUCAUCUUUGCUUUUGCUCGUCAUCUGAUCUCUUUUUUACCCCUAUUUUAUAUCAGCAAAUACUACUGGAACUCUGUGAUAUGGUUUAUAGAAAUUUUACCAGCUCGCCGGUAGCCUGUUUCUCUAUUGAUCUGCAAUUUGAUCACGAUAAGCUAGUGUGCUUUUGAGCGCCUCGAUUAAAUAAUUAUUAACCUCAGGUUCAGCGCGAUACUGAGGGUAGUGCAAAAAAAGUAUUUUUGACUGAAUCUCUACAUUUUUUUACAUUAAAAGACUUUUAAGUGAAAGGAUAUUUCGAGAUAUUAAAUGCCCGAUUGCAUUCCAGCGGUAUUCUUACUUCCUACUUUUGGAAAAUAUUACGUUUGUCUAUAAAUCCGUACAAGCACCCUUUCAGCGUUUAUAUCGGUUUCUGUGCAUUCAGGAAGAAAGAAAUACGAGAACCGUACGUUUUUUCUGCAUCAUACAUUCCGCUAAAAUUAGUGGCAACGAAACCUUUAUUCAUUUCGUAGAAUUGGGCUUCGUAUCCAACAAUUAAAAAAACAAAAGUCGGCGUAAGCAAUGCUGCGAGGCCGACGAUAAUAUAUUGCAGUGAAUCUUUCACUGCAUCGCAUGCAGUUCUUUCGGGAAGUCAAUGAAAGAGGUUGUCUCAAAAAAUUAAACUUCGUGCAAAGAGGACCAAAUGAUGAGCGGUGUAUCAAUAAGCAAAGCUACACCACCCUGUCAUCAGAUGUAUCCCGUUUUGUGAUCUCUGAUACAGCAACAGAAAAACUUCAGUUUCGUUGGGUAACUCCAAUGCACUAGGGCUUAAGUUGGAUCAUUGGCUCAAUUUUCUCUUGAAACUAUAAUCUCGACGUUUCGUACCCACGGACGUUUCGUACCCAGACGAUUCGUACCCAAAGUUGAGAUGAUUCGUACCCGCUUGUAAUAAGUAUCAGUUCAAGGAUUUCCUUUAAAAUAUAUUACUGUACUUUUCACAAACAUGCAAAUUCUGUAAGUCACUCUUUCACGUCACUUUUUCUUUAAUUUUGUGUUUGGCGGGGCUUGUGUCACUAACCUUUUCGUAUUCUUCUUAUGCUUUCGCUCUUCAAAUAGUCUUCGAUUAGUCGUCGUUCAGACAUGUAGCAAAUUCGGACGUAAACAAACACAUUUGCUUCAUCCCACAAUCUCCACCUGUCCGUCCUGUCUUGUGGUUAGUUCUGCGGUUUCGAUCCUUUGUUUUAGUGAAAGCCUUAACUUAAACUAUGAAAACACACUGUUUACAACAUAAAGACUUGGUUAUUGCAUGGGUACGAAUCAUCUUAGCGUUGGGUACGAAUCAUCUCAACUUUGGGUACGAAUCGUCUGGGUACGAAACGUCCGUGGGUACGAAACGCCCUGUAAGCUUCUAGCUGUGUGUAGAAUAUUGAUCCGCUGGACAUUUUCUGAAUUCGCCGCGGAUGAACCGUCUUAGCAUGAAUAUCAACAAAUGUGUCCCCCAGAAAACUCUAUACUUAGGAGGAUCAGUGGUGCAAAAAUGACCCCUGACUAAGUAAAUCUCAGGAAAUUAUUAUGUAAGUAUUUAGGCAAGAGCCAUCAUAAGACAGGUUCUAAUAUGGCUCUUGACGAAGGCAGAUAUUAUUCCGAAAGCUGAAGGUGUUUCCCUCGAUCUUACUGACUCUGGAGGCAUACAAAUCAGGGAAAUUUGCCAGUUUCAGUCUAUCUCCAUUCUGUAAAAAUUGUAGCCUGCGUCGCAAACGUAAUGUAUUAUGGCUCUUGACCCCGGUUAGUAACAUCUGCAAAUCAGCGCCGAAAGGCUCCCAACGAAAUCAACAAAAUCGACAAUGGCUUUUUUUUUUCAGGCCAAUCAUAGCGCAUACUCGAAUCCUGGUACACAGGAGAGGGCCCAGAAUAAGGACUAUAGCGCUGUUUCGCAGACAGACUUAACAAGAGUUUAGUUUCGUCCGUGGCGCAGGCUAUAAAUAUUGAUGACGUGUGCUAUGUUUUUCUAGUUUUAACCCAACAUGUGGUUGAAAGUGCUUGUUAUAGCCAGUCUGGCCGGUCAAUUUCUCGUGGGAAGUAUGGCUUGCUCAAGUAUCGUGGCUUAUAGGAAAGGAGCGGCUGUUGUUAAGGAUGUUGUGGACACCAUAAACAGCCUGGGAAUUUUUCCAAAUGAUAAAAAGUUCCUCUGCCGUGUGGCCUGGGUCGAGUCGAGAUACGGAUUGGCACGUGGUACAUACAGGCGUGGUUACUAUGGCGGUAUUUGGCAGGUUAGGAACUAGAAACAAAUAGCCCUUUACAGAACUUGAUCACGUGCCUGGCUAUCACUCAGCGACGGCUAGCUGAAUGGCAAGCCAUAUAUCCGAGCGUUAAUUCCGAUCUCAAAGCUUUGAACUGAAUGCGAUCGGGCAAGCAUUCCUAGUUUGAUUAUUCUAUUGAAUAUUAACAGAAAUGACUGGACUGCGUUUGAAUUAAACUAGGAAGGAGAGGAGGGCUUCACCUGAUUGCACGCCCGCGGGAAGUUACUUGGGUUAAUUUUUGCUUGGUAUAUGUGCCUCUGAAUGCCCUACCCUAUUAUAGGCUAUUCUGUGGCCAAAUAUAGACCCCAUCUCAAUCACUUUUGGGAAAGUGUAAUUUUCGCGAUCCCAACUUAGUAACUUUCUGUUCAUGCAUCUACUUUAUAAAUCCUUUUAACUACGUCAUCUUGAAAUGAAUUAACACAUUGGUUAAACUUAAUGAAGUAAAAAUCUUCCCAUUUCUAAAAUCUCUACCUACCCGAAUUUUCUCAUCCUCCAAAUCUCGAAAAUGUGCGAUCCCAUUCUAGUAACUCUAACGAAAAUGCAACCCCAUUAUAGUCGAUCCAGCCGUGAAAAUGCGACCCCAUCCAGCGGCACAUCCCCAUUAGCCUAUCACUAGGAAGCACCCCCCUGGGAUUGCACUCCACUUUAAUUUCAGUGAUCUGAAUGAUCGCUGGAUCACACUCAAAGCUCUUCGAUAGGAAUGAUCGCCUGGACAGCUUGCCAUCCAGCGAGCCGUCAGCUAAGUUGUAUCCAAGCACGUGACUUCGUCCUGCAAAAGGCCUAUUGAAACAGUCACCAUAGCCUGCGUAGCAAGCGUUUCCUCGCGAGGUUCGCCUAGAAAGCUGGGACAAGAGCAAAAAAAAAUGAAUGACGGGGGAGGGGGAGGGGAACGAAGGAACAACUCGAUUGGAAACGCUUGCUACGCAGGCUACAGUCACCAGGCCUAGAUUACAACUAGAACAAACGUCUGAAGUGGAAUUUCAUUUACCAUUUAUUAGCUCAGUUGGGAGAGCACCGGUCUGACUGGCGAGGGGCCGGAGUCGUAGAUUCAAACCCAGGCCGGACCAACAACCAGGGUCUUUGAAACUGGUGAGAUCAUGCUGGCGGUGAUUUGAGACCUUGUCUCAGUUCAGAUGAUCGCGUCAUUGGGCGGUGACGUUAAGCCGUUGGCCUUAAGUCUCCUUCAUCCUUCUUUUAUCAGUCAAAUCGAAGGGGAUGUAAAAGAACCAAUACUACUGUUCGAAACGAUUACGGGUAGCUUCCCCGGUGGUGUGGUCUUCCUCUCAAGCAUCACGUAUCACGCAUCAGGCAUCACGCAUCAGGCAUCAUUCAUAUCAUGGGCUGUGGGUAGGUUACAGUAAACUCAUAAAUGGACUGAUAGCGACUGCCACAGGCGCCCCUGUAUGCAGAAGUCCGAGCUUACUGUUAAACAUGUUAAUAUAAAAUGUAACGAGGGAGCGUCUUGUUGUCCUCUAAUCAACGACAUUACAUUACAUUAUAUUACAUGAAUAGUUAAUGUAGAGAAUUUUUGGAUGAUUUUUUGAAUGUUUUUAAUGUAUAAAAACUAAGGAAAUGGGGGUAUUUAAAAGUUUGCAAAAUUAGAAAAUAUUGGAUUUGCGGGUUGUUAAAAAUCAAAAUAUGAUGUGGCAGUUCAAUGUACAUAUCACCAGAAUGUCCACUAGAUUGUCCAAACUGUUGUAAGGGUAUUCCCCCCCCCCCCCAAAAAGAAACACAAAGACAGAAUGCCGCCUUAAUUCCCCCUCAUAUUCCACUAUAUGGCAGAACCUCAAAAGCAUUCCAAACUAGAUAGUUGUGCCCGAAAAGGGUACCAUUUUCAUGCUUCAGGGAUAUAAAAAGGGAGGACCGAUUUUUGUUAUGGGUACACUACGGAAAGUAUCUGUCCUUUAGUUCUGUAAAAAGUCCCAUAGUUAACAAAUACAUUAAUUUAUAGUAGCUGAGAAAAAGUCGAGGAGACGUUCUGUUUAUUCAUAUUUUAAAGACAGACGAGUGCAUUUAUAUUGUUAGCUGUUAAAGGGAAUGCAACGUUGUAAUCUAGGUAUGUGAAAGAGGUACGGCUAAUUGUCAACAGAAGGUAAACAAAAGGGGUACCUUUACUUUCAAAAAUGGUAUAUUAAAGAGGGUAAGUAGUUGGACCUCGGGGCAGAGCCUUCCCAUAUAAGAUUUUGUUGAGUAAUUCUCCUCCCCUCCCGACGCCUCGGGCCAUAUUUAAAAGAUGCAGACACUGACUCGUCUUAGGCCGAGAUACAAAAAUCCGGAUUUUUAGAGUCAAACGGGAUUUUUAGAAAAUUUUAGGAUUUUUAGACGAUAGUGUUUAGAAAUUCUACGGUUGUCAUAAUUUUGGCCUCGGUUAUGCCACUGAUGAAAUGUCGAACUUUACAUUACGAAGUGCUUGUUUGAAAAAUUAAUAUAUUAUCGAGACAAACCACUUACAUUGUCUAGUAAAUAAAUUAUCAUUUAGAAUCAGUUUGAAGGUGUUUGCAUUCAAUUUGGCAACAAGACCUGUGGUCAAAUUUCACAGGUCACACGAAUUCCGCAUUGAAUGCAUAUUAUGUGAUUAUGUCGAAAAAACAUUGGGAAAAAUCGAGUUUUUUUAGAAUAAAUUUCGAUAUUUUUAGAAAUAAAAUUGGGAUUUAUAGACACUUUUUUUGAGAAUUUCCGGAUAGAUUUUUUGGCCAUUUUUCUGGAUUUUUUGUAUCUUGGCCUAACCUAACCCGUCCCCAGUCGUCUCUCACAACCUCUCUCUUGUGGCGCGCAAGAUGUGAUGGGAAGGAGGAAAGCGACGGAGAGAGUCAUCCUCUCUUCUCCCUUCCGAUCACCCCCUUCUCCCCCAGUGUGCGUUACGCUCGAAGACGACUGAUGACGAGUCAGAUGCAGGCACGAAUUAUCCUGGUGGUCAGUCUAGACCAAACAGCCCUGUCAGUCUCGUUCAGUAUUGCAAUUGUUUAAUAGGUUGACAGAAUUGGUCAUCUGGAGACAGUCAGAAACGCUCGUUUGAGGAGAUACUGGUCUCAAAUCAAGGCCAAACUCGGAAUAGACUGGACCAAGACCAAGUGGCAAGACUUGGUGAAACCGCUGUAUUCUGGGCUGGCUGCGCGUUUGUAUCUUGUCAGGAUUCCCGCUGAGAUUCCCUCUAACCUGCAAUCGCAAGGCUGGUACUGGAAGAAAUACUACAAUACAGUGGCUGGAAAGGGAACAGUUACGAAAUUUAUUAAUGAUGUGAGACGAGCAAGUGGCUGUUCAGCGUAGAGUGAAAAGGGUCUCUAAACCUUAGAUGAGUCAUGUUUUGUAUUGCUGUUCGCAAGAUUUGUAAAGUUCAAGGUUUUUUU